AUGUCUUUCAACACCAACAGCUCCAACAUCCGUGUCGAUGACGGCCACAUUCUCCGUGCCACCGUCCGCAACGGCAACGGCGAGGAGGUCGACAGUGAGCUUGACCUGAACAGCUGCCUUGGCAACAACAACGGUCGCUUCGAAUGGGGUGGCAGGGACUUCUCUGGCUCCGCCGAGAACAUCUACUUCUCUGUUGAGGGUGAUGCUCAGGUCCCUAUCCUUCGUGCCCGCCUCCGCGGAUCCGACCAGUCCUUCGAUGCCGACGUGAAUCUGGCCGAGCGCAUUGGCAACGACAACGGCCGCCUGUCCUUUGGUAAGCCAUUCACCUCUUCCAAUUAUACAGGGCAUCUUGAGCGAAGAUUGGCUAACCAUGCGGCAGCUUAA